GAUAAUGGCAUUUACACUUUGGACUCUUUUUGAAGCAUCUUUGUUGUGGUUGAAUGCUGUUUGUAUCCUUCAUGAAGAGAGAUUUCUUGCUAAAGUGGGCUGGAGCACUGUGAAUACUGUGCAGGGAUUUGGCGAAGCUCCAAGUGUCAAAUCUCAAAUACUCAAUCUCAUUCGAUCUAUUCGCACAGUUGUGCGCAUUCCCCUCAUAUUCCUAAACUCUACUACAAUACUACUGAAGUUAGUGCUGGGGUAAAAUGAGGAUGACCUGAAGGAACCUUUGUUCACAAUACGUUACCCAACAUCUUUGACAAAGAAAUAACUUCAGCUUAAUUUACUU